AUGAAGUUGACUAUUGUGCUGCUGGCCCUUGUGGGCUGUGUGGUCACCUACAGCGUACCCACACCACAGGUUACAAUCGCGAACAAGGAGUUCUUGCAAAGGCAAAAGUUUCUGUUCGAGAUUGUGUACCGCGUCGAGGAUCCCUUGAUGUUCGAGGAAUGGAUCAAGAUAGGCCAGAAUUUGGUUGUUGACAAGGCACAGUACACUGAAUUCGACUACUACAUGGAGAAAUUCUGGGAGUCCUACAAGCUGGGAGUGCUGCUGCCCAAGGAGGAAUUCUUUGGUGCCCUCGUCAAGACUCAUCACACGCAGGCCUGGGGUCUGUUCAAUUUCUUCUACUACGCCAAGGACUGGGAAACAUUCGCGCAGAAUGUCGCCUGGGCUCGUAUUCAUGUGAACGAGGGCAUGUUUGUCUACGCCUUGACUCUGGCUGUCAUCCACAAGCCUGAAUUCAAGGGCCUCAUCUUGCCCAUGAUCUAUGAAAUCUUCCCACAGUACUUCUUCAACAGCAAAUUCAUCUAUGAAGCUGAGAAAUUCGACUAUGAUGUAUACAGCAAGUUGAUCCAGUACGAGAAGGAAUACAAGGACAUUCUGUACCACGAUGUUAGCCAAUACAGCGACAACUACUACUUCCAAACCAGGGACUGGAAGACAUGGCAGUGGUAUAAGAUGAUGGGACUUGGCGAGCACUGGUACGUUGAGGACAAAUUCUUCCUCCGCGAGAACGUUGCUGAAUUCAACAAGGACUCCAAGUGGCUGGAUAUCGUGCAAGGCAUUAAGAAGUUCUACAUGCCUGUGGACUACACGCGCGACAUUGCUUUCUUCAACGACGAAACAAAACUGAGCUACUUCACCGAGGAUUUGGGAUGGAACGCAUACUGGUACUACCUUAACAUGGACUACGCCUUCUUCCUGGAUGGCAACAAAUUCGGCUUGAACAAGGAUCGUCGCGGUGAAUACUGGAUCUACACGGUGCAACAGAUCUUGGCUCGCUACUAUCAGGAGCGUUUGGCCAACGGCUAUGGCGAGAUUCCAGAAUUCUUCUGGUACAAGCAGAUCGAAUACGGCUACGAUCCCCAGCUGAUCUACUACAACGGUGUCGGCUACAGUUACCGCAAGAACUACUUCGAGUACGAGACAUACGGCAACUUCGAAAUGCUCAACCAGAUCCAGAACUUCUUCAGCCGCUUGUACAAUGUGCUCGAGACUGGCUACUACAAGACAGUGGAUGGCACUGUCAUCGAUUUGCACAAUGCUGCGUCUAUUAAUUACAUUGGCAACUACAUGCAAGGCAAUGCUGAUACCUUCGACAGAUACUUCUUCAACUACUGGUACCUGCUGGCCCAUAUGUACUUCGCUGAUGUGGACUACUACGAUUUCGAGGUCUUCCCCAAUGUGCUGCUUAACUUCGAGACCAUGGCGCGCGAUCCCUUCUUCUACACCUUCUACAAGAAGUUCACCGAUGUGUUCUACCAAUUCAAGUACUACCUGAAACCAUACGCCCAGAAGGAUCUGUACUACGAGGGCAUCACCAUCAAGGACGUCCAGGUUGAAAAACUAGUCACCUACUUCGAUCUGGUUGACUUUGAUGUCACCAAUCUGCUCAACGAUAAGAUUACCUUUGUUGAUGGCGAAUUCGUCUGGGACAAGACUCUGUUGGCACGUCAGGCACGCCUCAACCACAAGCCUUUCAAUUUCGAGUUCACCAUCGAAUCCAACAAGGUCCAGAAGGGUGUUGUACGAGUCUUCUUGGGUCCCAAAUUCGACGAGUUCGGACGCGUCAUUCCUCUGCAAUACAACCGUGAGAACUUUGUUCAGAUCGACAGCUUUGUCUAUCCGUUCGUUGCAGGCAAGAACGUGAUCAAGCGCAGCUCCAAGGACUUCGAACGUACUGCUGAGGAUCGCAUGACCUACACUGAGCUGUACAAUUACGUGCUACUGGCCAGCGAAGGCAAAUACGACUUCCCCUUGGACAUCAGCGAGCCCCACAGUGCCUUCCCCGAUCGCUUGGUCUUGCCUAAGGGCUCGGAACAGGGCUACCCCAUGCAGUUCUACUUCUUCGUCAGCCCCUAUGCCGAGGAAUACGAGCAGUACUCCAACUUUGACUUCACCUAUUCCGCCGGCAUUGGCUCUGGAACCCGUUUCGUCGAUAGCAAACCCUUCGGCUAUCCCUUCGAUCGCCCCAUUGAGGAAUACUCAUUCUUUGUGCCCAACGGUUACUUCAAGGACGUCAAGGUCUACUACUACGACACCUUCGCCAAAUACUUUGAGGGAAAGUACGAACACUUUGGAACAUUUGAUUACUCCAUCGUGCAUUGA